UGCGGAGGGCUCACACCACGGCGACAGCGCUGCACCAGUGACCUCCUUUCCUUCUCCCGGCAGAAAGCAAGCAUCUUUACUCUCGGACUUGGAAAGUGGAGACUGACAGACAGAUUCGUUAGUCAGUAUUGCAACAUGGGAAAAGAAGCGUCAAGCACUUUGUAAGAUGUUUCCUCAUCACAGAGAAAGAGAGCAGCCAAUCUUUAGCACGCGGGCUCAUGUCUUCCAGAUCGACCCAGCCACCAAGAGGAACUGGAUCCCAGCGAGCAAGCAUGCGGUCGCCGUGUCAUUCUUCUUCGACUCCAAUCGCAACGUCUACCGCAUCAUCAGUGUGGGCGGCACAAAGGCAAUUAUCAACUGCAUUGUUACACCCAGCAUGACAUUUACAAAGACGUCACAGAAGUUUGGGCAGUGGGCUGACAGCAGGGCCAACACGGUCUACGGUCUGGGUUUUGCUACUGAGCAACAGCUGCACCAGUUCUCAGAGAAGUUCAAAGAAGUAAAAGAUGCAGCACGUCUGGCACGGGAAAAGUCACAAGAUAAGGAACUGGCCAACACGGCCCUCAGCAUCGCUGCGCCGCAGGACCUCUCCGACGACCUCCAGUCCCCUCCGGUCAUGUGCGUGAACGGCCCAGAGGACAAGUUGUUCCGCAGCCAGAGCGCGGACAUCACGCUGUCCUCUGAGAAGGAGCGCAUCAAGAAGAUGCUCUCUGAAGGGUCAAUCUGCGAGAUGAACCUGGAAGCCGAGCUCUUCACGCUGCAAGACAGCAACUCCAAGUUAGUGGCGGCGCUGCACGAGGCCAACGCCAACGUGGAGCAGUGGAAGAAGCAGCUCCUAGCGUACCAAGAAGAGACCGAAAGGCUCAGGGAACAGGUGGCUGACCUGGAAGCCCACGGCGGACACGGCCCCAGUGACCUCCUGAAGGACGAGCUGACUCAGUCUCUGGAGGAGUUGGAGGCGCUAUUGAAGGCCAAAGACGAGGAAAUUCACAUUUUGCAAAGCAAGAAGUCAGACUAUCAUGAGCUGGAGCGGGACAGAGAUCAGGCUAUCCACAGAUUACGGGAAUGUGAGAUGCGCAAUUCAGACUUGGAGCGGCGUAUCCAGAACACGGAGCAGAACCUGAGCAACUCUCUGGAGGAUCGAGACCGCUUGGACACCGAGCUCCAGAGGGCCAUCGAAAUUCUGGACAUCAAGAUCUUUGACCUCAAUGACCUCCGUCAGAGCUUGGUUAAACUCAUGGACAAAUAAAAAAAAAAAAAAAAAGUCAAAAUGCAGAAGCAGACGUUUAAAAAAAAUAUCCGAGAUGGAGCUGGCGGCAGUUGCACGAGCACCAUCUUGUCCGCGGGACUCAACGCAUUGAUGAUGGCGCCGGCUGCAUUUUACGUGGGUUUUCUUGUCUGAUCAUCUAGCGCUUUGUGUUGCUUGGCGGGGAAGUAAUGCAAUAACUUGUAGGUAACUGCACAAUAUUUAUUAAGGACAGCAGGUGCUUAUAGUUUCAUUUAGUAUGGCCAUUGGAUUACAACAUUAUAAUUGAUAAGAGGCCUUGUUUUACUGUACAUAAACUGCCUUGUCAACCAUUCUGCAUACAAUACAAGCACAAAUUAACCCUUUAACUCACUGCUCGACCAAUCGGUAGGAAAGCAAAUCCACUUUAAGGACAGCUCAGCUGUUUGGUCGACCAUGCUUUUAAUGAAACGAUUUUACAUUAACACAUUUUGUUGUUAUAAAGCUCAAAAGUGUGCUGUUGCACCUAACAUAGAUGAGAUAGAAAUAGUCAUCCAUACAUUUCAGCGCCGCUGAACCUCACAAGGGUCGUGGGAGAAAUAGUCAUUAAAAGCGUUUUAUUUUCAGCAAUAUUUCCACGCAUUAAAAAAACAGCAAUUAAAUGAAGAGGUGCCUUGAGAUACAAGUUUAAUUUGAUCCGUGACCACUUUUACAACGCAAAAAACACUUUUCAAAUCAUUUUUCGCCAUUGAACUGAAUAAGAUUCCAUUCAUCCAUUCCAGCCUUAUCUCCAUUAAAAAAUAAUAAUAAAAAGAGUGUAAUGUUACUUUUUAAUAAGGUGCAAUACAGCACUUAAACAUAGUACCAACAUAAAUAGAUAGUCAUGAACUAUACUGGGUUAGCCAGUUUUGUGUUGCUUCAAUAGAUAUAUUCCUUCUGCUGUGUGCACUUUGGCGGCCUGGUGCCAAUAAAACAGUAAUCCAGUAAUAUUACUCACUGUUUCCACAGUAUAAAACAUAUACCUGUAAGUAUUAGUAAAUUGUCUGUCUACAGGUUUUACCCCACUAUUUGUGUUGAAAUAUCAGCUGCGGAAAGUGUUAGAAAUUGUCCGUCUAGGGCAUUUUGGAUAGUAAGCAUCAGCAGUGCUGCUUAUUGAAGUGAAUUGAGUUCCCGACCACCAUGCAGUACUUCUCAAAAUUUUGCUUGCAAGUCUAAGCAAACUAGUGAGUCAGGUCACAGUGUCUCAAAUACAAAAUCCAUUAAUGCAGUGACGCUAAUAUCCCGAAACAUUUAUUAAAAAUCCCUCAUCUCAACCGUUGCUAAGUGCUCAUGUUAAAAACUUCUUUUCCUUUCGGCUUGUCCCGUUAGGGGUUGCCACAGCAUGUCAUUUUUUUCCAUCUUCUCAUGUUAAAAACUAUUGAUUGUUAGAACAGUCCUAAGGAAAUGUAAUUUUUGGUUUUAAUGGUAAUGUGCACGUCUGCCGAUGUCCAUGCAUUAUGUAGCAGGAAUAAGACAAGUGGUUUAAGUAGAUACUGUAACGUCCUUUAAGAUAAAGUAAGGGGGGGGGGGGGGGAGAGAGCGAUAUAGUAUUUAGUACUGCAAUUGGUGAUGCACACACAAAGACACCAAAGAUCAAUGUUGUUUAGGAAUUUCAGCCUCUUGUCUGCCUCUUAUGUGGAAAAUAAAAAAAAAAAAACUAGGAUUAAAUAAGUGCUCUCUAAAUUACAUGCUAUUUGUAUUUCUAUAGUGCAGUCAUAAAAUGACAUUUUUUGGACUCUGUAU